AGGAAGAAGAGGAGGAAGAGUUCGAUAUGCCUGAGGGGGGCGUGGCCUUGGAGUGCCGGGGCCCCUUGGAUAAAGCCUCAGGCCCCCAGGGUUGACCAGACACUCGCGCCCCAUCGCCCUUCUGCCCUCACAGUCCCCGCCGCUAACGCUCAGCCUACUGCCUUUGCUCGCCUGCUGUUAGUGGCUUCUCCCUCCUCCGAGCCCAAGCCGGGAGCCGAGCAUGCACGCCCAGCGGUGCCCCGUGGCCAAGCUGCGGGCCGCCAGUCAGCAGCAGCAGCAGGGCAAGGUCGCGGGCAAGGCAGGAGAUAAGCGCCUCCCCGCUCCAUCAGACGCCAAAAAGAAGCAAGAUAAAAGCAGGCGGAGCCAGCUGAGCAAGACGCAAGAGAGGCAAUCUUUCUUCCAGAAUGUGCACGGUGACGCCGCGCCGCUGUUGCCGCCACACCCACAAAUGUAUAGUGAGGAGCCCUGGGCGCCGCCACGCACACGGCCACCCGCCCACCCUGGCCACCCCAAGGAGGCCCCACGCCCCAAGCGGCCCACCCCUCAAGUAUACAGCAAAGACCACACCGUCACCCGCCCCCAGCCAACUACCCACCACCUGCCCUAUAAGGAUUCCAAGCCUCUCCCUCAACUGUACUACAAGGAGGCUGCCAACAACUCAAGAUUGAAGGAGACGGUGGACCGGGCGUUGAUCUUUAACGAGAAUUGCGUCGUGCACGGCCCGAGCAAGCCCUUCCGCUACUCCAUCCCCAAGAGCAUGAGCUGCCCCUCCUCCCGCCAGACGACGGACGUGGAGAGACUCAAGAACUGGCGCCGCAACUCCCUCACACUCACCCCAUCCGUGAUCGCGUACAACUCAUCGCUGAGGCCUCAUUCAUCCAGCCCCGUCCCCAGCACCACCACCACCGCCGCUGCAACACCUACAACAAGGGAAAAACGCCCCCGACCUCUCUCCCAGGGCCACGAGCUGCCUCCACUACCUCCUGGCAGGAUGGUUACCAAGCAGCGCCUCCCUUCCCGCACACUAAGUCCUCCCGCCACCAUCACAUCCCCUUCCAGCUCACAGGCCAAGAAUGUCGCGCAGACCGACGACCCCCAAGGCCGCAGGUCACAGUUCCGUCGAGCGUGGUCCCUGUUCUCCAUUGGCUGCCACGAGAACCACAAGAAGGCCCCGCCGCAGAGCAUCCUCAGGCAGCCCACGCGACACAUUUACCGCCGCGGCAUCUCAGGCCUUCCGGUGGAGUGUACCAACAGAGACAUGGGCCUUGUCUUCUGACGCCAAGGGACACACGCCCAUUGGCCCGCGAGGGAUGGGGGAUAACAUACUUCUUACAGCCGCUGUCUCCCUCGCUAAGUAACGAACGUAAACUCCACGAACCAACGCACUGAACGUUGGCGGAGACCUUCCCCCCCGGAGACCUAAGCAGAAGUAAAGCUGCCGAAGUACAAUAUCUCCGUACCGUACACGUGACCCUGCGAUGAGGGGAGCCGGCAAAGGGGAGGAAGGAAAGCCGAUCAGGGGCCUCUCGACACAUCCUGAGCUGAGCAGCGUUCGGGUGUCUGGGAAACAAUUAUUUUCAGCCUCAACCUGCUGGAGUAACUCGUGUCGCGUGUGGCCCCGGCGGCGUCAGAAGCGAGGGACACGCCAGCUUCCCUCAACCAUGAAGUCCUACCUAUAACCACUACUUCUACGAUUUUAUACUCUACAGUAGACCUCACCAUUUGCCUCAUCGUAAUAAAGCAUGUAAGAAUAAGUAAUAAUAAAUAAGACUUGCAGUAUGGCUACUCGUGUUUCUCUUCCAGCAACGCGAUGUUCAUAUCUAUCAUUUAAAGGAACAAUUUGGUGCCAGCAAUAAGAGGAUGAGGAGUACCCAAUGCCCGAUAAUUAUUCACGCUGUUACUGUGUUUACAAGGGUCGUAUCAUAAGACAUUUCCCCGCCCAAGAACACACAUUUGACAAGGCUUUUCUAGGAGUCGUGGGAAUUUUCAGGGGUAGUUUUAUGACCCCGGUGGUAGUGUGACUCUUCCUCUGUACCGU